AUGAGAGUUAAAGUGGGAUUAAUUUUGCGGGGUUUAGUUGUAAUUGUUUCAUUCCUCGUAUUAGCGGUGUUGUGGUCGUCAUUAGCCAAACUGAGCUCCGAGAAUCACUCUGACGCUCGGGGACAAAGUUUGUCGCAGUCCAGUGACGUUUCCAGAGUUAAAUCUUCGGUUAUCAGUGUCCACAUGAUGGCGCUACAAAGGCAGAAUUUGUACAUCUUCACUCUGGCCGCAGUUUUCAAAAGGGGAGACCCAGCAGACCAAUUUAAACCUGUUUUACCCUGGCCACACGUGGAAGGUAUCGAAGUUGACCUCAACUCAAUCAGACUGAAAAAUGGUGAGAUCUAAAAUGUUUUUAAUAAUCCAAAAAAAGCAAACUGUGGAGGAGGCAACAAUAGGCAGACCCCCAAGAAGGAGUACGCAACAUUCAAACCCAACUUUCACAGUUACAAUGCCCCAGUCCUCAAAAAAGGUGUUCUUGGAAACUUUGAACCCAAAGAACCUGAGCCUCCAGGGGUCCAUGCUGGCCCAGGAGAAGAUGCAAAGCCAUUUGUUCUGGGCCCAGAAUACAAGGAAACAAUCCAUGCUUCCAUCAAAGAGUUUGGCUUCAACAUGGUUGCUAGUGACAUGAUAUCACUGGACAGAACAAUUAGAGAUAUACGCCAUGACGAGUGCAAGUUCUGGCAUUAUGAUGACAGACUGCUGACCUCCAGUGUGGUGAUAGUCUUUCAUAAUGAAGGGUGGUCUACCUUAAUGAGAACCAUCCACAGUGUGAUCAAGAGGACUCCCAGGAGAUACUUGGCAGAGAUUGUCAUGAUAGAUGAUUUUAGCAACAAAGUCCAUUUGAAGGAACGCUUGGAGGUGUACAUCAAGCGGUGGGACGGUCUUGUGAAACUCUACAGAAAUGAGAAAAGAGAAGGUCUCAUCCAGGCACGAAGUAUUGGAGCCAAGAAGGCCACAAAAGGAGAGGUGCUAAUAUACUUGGAUGCUCACUGCGAGGUUGGGAUCAACUGGUAUGCUCCACUGGUGGCUCCUAUUUCACAGGACAGAACAGUGUGUACUGUACCUUUGAUCGACUCCAUCCACGGCGAGACAUACACCAUUCAGCCGCAAGGUGGAGGAGAUGAAGACGGCUUUGCUCGAGGAGCCUGGGAUUGGAGCAUGCUGUGGAAGAGAGUUCCUCUGAAUGACAGAGAAAAAAAACUCAGAAAAACUCGUACUGAGCCAUAUAGGUCUCCAGCUAUGGCAGGAGGUCUCUUUGCUAUUGAGCGUGACUAUUUCUUUGAACUGGGACUGUAUGAUCCCGGGUUGCAGAUAUGGGGAGGAGAAAAUUUUGAAAUAUCCUACAAGAUAUGGCAAUGUGGAGGCCAAUUGCUCUUUGUCCCAUGCUCUCGUGUCGGCCAUAUAUACAGACUUCCGGGGUGGCAAGGCAAUCCUCCUCCUCCACAUGUUGGUUCAUCACCUACGCUAAAGAACUAUGUUCGUGUUGUGGAGGUAUGGUGGGAUGAAUACAAGGACUACUUCUACGCCAGUCGUCCUGAAACCCUAGCCCUUGCCUAUGGGGAUAUUAGCGAGUUGAAAAUUUUCAGGCAAGAACAUCGGUGCAAAAGCUUCAAAUGGUUCAUGGAGGAAAUAGCUUAUGAUGUUCCAUUACAUUAUCCUCUGCCUCCCAAAAAUGUUGAAUGGGGGGAGAUUCGCGCCUUUGAGACAAGUUAUUGUAUUGACAGUAUGGGACACACAAAUGGCGGGAAUGUGGAAAUUGGACCAUGCCACAGAAUGGGUGGCAAUCAAUUGUUCCGUAUCAAUGAAGCCAACCAAUUGAUGCAGUAUGAUCAGUGUCUGACAAGAGGAAGUGAUAAUUUAGCUGUCAUCAUCACACAUUGUGACCAGAACCAGUACACUGAAUGGAGAUAUUUCAAGGAUCUCCAUCGCUUCACUCAUGUACCAACAGGGAAAUGUUUAGAUCGCUCAGACAUUCUCCACAAUGUAUUUGUCUCAGACUGCGACGACAGUAAAACUACUCAACGGUGGGAGGUGAAUAACAUUAUGGCUGUAUAA